ACAUCGAUCCCCGAGGUGCUCUUCGACGCGCUCCCGCCGAAGCAGACGUCCUACCUCGAGAUGACGACGCGCGCGCGGCGGCGCACGUACGACGCGGUGAUACCGCUCGAGUUCUGGAACUGCCCCGGCACGAGCACGCUCGAAGCGCCAGAGGCGUCGCUCGGCCAGUUCACGACGCUCGUGUUCGUGAUCGACAUCCAGUACGAUAUCGAUGCGUCGCAGAACUUCCGGCUCAUCCUGCAGCGCGUCACUGCGGACGAGCUGAUCGACAUGUCUCCCGAGUACGAGCAGGUCCCGGUUGAGUCUUACCUGAGGUCGAUCUAUGACUACUCACUGCAUGAGGCGUUUUCAAGAGUGCCGCAUAAGCUCAUGCCGUCCCUGCUGUAUCUGGAAGACCUCCUGAACGUGUUCUGUCCGUGCAACUUACAAGCGUCAAAGGCGUUCCUGGUUGAUACGUUGUCGCCGCUGUAUGUCGCGACAGACGCGUCGCCGGUGAAUCCGCCGACCCAUAGCUUGUGCAAUGAUUACCUGCAAAUGCUGAAUUCGUUUGGGCCGUUGUAUUGCUCAAUCUCAGCGAGCGUCCCGCGAUGUCAGCAAGUGUCGACAAGUGUCAUUACUUCACCGGCACCGCCCCAGUCAGCGUCUUCCCCGAACGCGCGCCAUGCCCACACCCCCCUGCCUCCCCUCUCCGAAGACCUGCCGACACUCAACUCAGGUCUCUCCUCCGCCGACGUGAGCGCCAUGGCUUCGCCAAAGUCUGGUACGCCUGCGCCGUCGACAGUCGCGAAGACGAAGAGCUUGUUUUACCCGAGCGCGUCCGCAUCACUGUCGCCGAACGCGGCGGGCGCGGACACGACGGUGACGUACCAUCUGAUGACGGCGCAUCUGACGCUGCUCCCGACGGCGAUCUUCGAGACGCGGCGGGGGCUGGUGGAGUACAACGUGGUGUUCUUCCGGGAGGGCGUGCGGGAGAUAUGUGGGGUCGAAGAGGAGGCGAGGAAGGUUGGCUGAUGGCGGUCAUGGGUCAGAUUUGCGAAGGCCGUCUCGACGCUGUCCGUAACGAAAAUCGCCCACGGAGGGGCGCUCAUGCAUUGGGGCCCUAAGAAGGGACGUGGAGUGGAUUGCGGAAACGCUGCAUGGAGAUCGCUCGUGCGACUCUGGCGAUGCACAGUUUGGUCGAGAUUCAAGACAUUGAAGAAGAAAAAAAGACUAGGCAUA